GGCUCGCAAUCCAACAACUCGCUUUCGGCAACGAGCCCCUGUCCGAAUUUUCGAAUUAUAAGGUUCACGGUUCGCCGCUCUCGAACCCCUCUCGAAGAUGUCUGCUCCAACCGGGGAUGCCGAGACGUCCAAACCCGCGCGAUCUCGAGCUCCAUCGCGUAUUGUCCAGUCGCCGAAGGAUCGCAUCGACAGCAUCUUAGAAUCCGCACGGGCUCGGAAAGCAGCCAUGGGCGACUCGAGCAAUUCGACUCCUGCCAGCCCACGGCUCAGGGGCUGCGAUGGGAGGACUGCAGAGGCGGAGUCCAGCGCGGACGAGGAGACCAGCAUCGUGAGGAGGUCGAGCUCGCGGAAUAUGAACUAUCAGAGCACUCAGAGCAGGGAAGGACGGUCGUCCAGCACGACGAAUAUUCGGCGAUCAGGGCGGACGUCUGAGUCUGAGCAGCACGAGCAGGAUUCGGUAGCGAGCGAGCACACGUCGUGGUGGGCGAGGCUGGCAUCGGAAUAUGGGUCCGUGGAGCUGGAGAACAAGGGGAGCGUGGCCAGAGAUCAUCUGGCUCUCGAACGUACAUUCCUGGCGUGGCUCCGCACCUCGCUGGCUUUCGCAUCCAUUGGCAUCGCCAUCACACAGCUCUUUCGUCUCAACGUUUCCUCCGCUAGCAAGGGGGGAAACGAUGCAUAUCGACAUCUACGGCAGAUGGGCAAGCCGUUAGGCGCAACGUUCCUCGGCAUAAGCAUCGCCAUACUCUUCCUUGGGUUCAACAGAUACUUUGAAGGGCAGCACUGGAUAAUAAAAGGCAAAUUCCCUGCGAGUAGGGGCAGUAUCGCACUGGUGGCGGCGAUAACGUUUGCGUUGAUGGUUACCUCUCUAGUCAUUGUCGUCGUGGUGGAGCCAACCGCCUUCGAGAACUGACGAGGGGAGGGGUAAAUAAACAUGGCGGAGUAAAGAACUGUGAUAUUCUAUACUGUAAGGGAAUUUGGGGGCGUUAUAUAGGAAUGGAGGCAUCAACCAUGUAAAUACCCAAUCGUAGAUAUCAAUGAAAAUUCAAAUGAUUCAGGAGCAAG